AUGUUGCCAAGUAAGCCACAGCGCCGAUGGUGCUGCAUGUUUUGCGAGGUCAACGAGGACAAGAGCGAGUUUGAUAAAACUGGCGUGUUGUUUGCGGGCCUGCGGAUCUGCUCGGGGCGACAGGGGGGCCCAAACACCCGCAAGGUGGCGGAGGUCCUGCCCCUGUCUGUGCCCCGCAGUGAGAGGGAACAACAAAGCUCUCCAAUCAAAAGGAUUGUCUCAGGUCGAUGUUCAGGGCAGAAAUUUGGAGCGAUGGCGCGGGUGAUACAACCCGACCAAUGCGAGGGUACAUUGCUGCACGUUUGCACAUGCUCAUCUGUACUCCGUACGGGGGUAUACAAGAAGCAGCCAUCGUGUUUUUUUCCAUAUUCCGUGACAUCCCGUUGGGACCGCUUUGAUGUGCAAGCCACCGGAGACGGCGCGAGGAAGUGCCGACAUGUGCUCUAUUUUUUGCGUCCGUCGACUCCAUCCAUUGAUGCUGGAAGCUCCAGACCGGUGAUCGCAUCCCCAACACCCAUAAAUACGUCUCUGGAGAGGCAGACACAACCCAAGCCUGAAGCGGGAAAGUUCACGACAUUGAUCACGCUCCACGUCCGUGGCAAUCCCCUUACUGAAUCCUACGAUGUGUGUAGCGCGCCUUGCAUGCAGAAGUCGCUAGAAACGAGUCAACAGGUUACGAGAGUGGUGUAG